AUGCGCUCCUUUUAUAUUCUAUUCGCUUUCCUUGCCGCUACUGUGAUGGCGGCGCCAAUCAUUGGACAGCCAUCCGAAAAGCUAACCAAGCGUCAGUCCACUAGUAAACGCCAAUCGCCUGUGGAGGCUUCUUCUGGGACAUGGAAAGUUAGAGGUUCGAACCCUGCGGUUCAAAACAUCCAACUCUCACCGGCCAUGACCCCGGUGUGGAUCCUCCUCCGCUCGGCCUUGGUGUUGGUUUUUCCCUAUAAAUCUUAG